AUGGAGUUCAGGGUAGGAAGACACAACUCCAAUCUAGAAGAUAUAUCUCGCACCGAAAGAGCCUGUCGAGCCUGUCACUCGCGCAAAAUCCGAUGCGACCUUAGCGCGACCAGGCGGCGAUGUACGAAUUGUGCACGAGAGCCCGAGCAACAAUGUCGACCGUGGAAGAGGAGAAAGAAGGCUGUCGGUGCGACUGGCGAUAGUGAGGGUGUAGUCAGCGACAAGGAGAUUACCGAGUCGUCUGUCCGCACGGGUCUUAGGGCCAGCAAGAAGCAAGCUACCGCUUCGUCCGUUACUGUUGGUGAUGGGGCGACAACAACUUCGUUGAGCAACGAUGUUCGGCGGACCAGAAAUCGGGACGUACCAAGGGUGCUACGACACGCCGACCGUCAGCCCAGCGAGCGUCAGGAUGGGGAACAGACAUGGUCGUCCGGUCCACUCGCGAAUCCGCAGCCUUUUGUCGUCGCUCCCGAACGUGUAUUGUCCGGCUCAGACCCUCCUAUCACCAGUGCCAGCGCGCCUACGUCUACGCCCAUGUCUCUAGAUAGGCCAUACGAACCCGGCUAUAUGCAGCGAUCGCGGUACAUCGCACCGGACUCAGAGGUGUACCGCUCUCAGGACGGUGCAGUGGACACCAACAUGCACACCGUUAGCAACAUCGAACAUCACUAUUCCUCCCUCUCGCCUGACAUCCGCACCAAGAUUUGUAAUAUUCAAGAGACCUUCGCCCUACCCGAUCACCCUACACGCGAGGCCCUUUUCGAAAACUUCUGGACAUACUGCUAUCCAUGGGAUCCCGUGCUUGAACGCUCUCAUCUCGUUGCAAUCACUAUGGCCGAAAGUUCGCCUUUGCUCGUCAACGCGAUCUUGCUUGCUGGACGUCGGAUGUCUUCAUCUUCGUCCGAGUCUUUGGAGUUGUCAAAGGACUUUUACAACCGUGCUAAUACACUUUUCUAUCUCGACUUCGAGCGCGAUCCGCUGAAUCUUUUGACAGCGGUGUCGCUGCUGCAUUGGCUCAAUCCUCAUGGGCCGGAGACGGUGUCGAGUAAUACUUCGACUCACUGGGUUAGGGUGGCGGUCAGUCUGGCGCAGCAGACGGGGUUGCAUCGUAGGAGAGCAUUGCCUGAUAAGAGACUGAGGCGGCGAAUAUGGUGGACGCUUGUGGCUCGCGAUUGUCUGAUCAGUGCGGCUCACGGUCGGCCAGCAGCCAUCAACUUGGAGGAUUGCGACGUUCCUCGGCCGACGGUUGAAGACUUUCCCGUUACACCUGCCACGGGCGUGGUGUUUAUCGCCUACGUCGAUCUAGCGGUGAUUGUCGGGCGAUUCGUCAAAGCUGCGUUGAAUACAGAUUCGUCGCUCCACUCUCAUGCAACUGGUACUCAGGAGUCGUUAUCACAGUGGAUUACAGCGCUGCCUCGGUCGCUGAGGUUAACACAAGAUGGCGACGCUCAGAUUUUGAAACCGUAUAGUUUUGAGGCUCGACAACUUCACGUCUUGUACUAUGUCGCUGUCGUCCUGCUGUAUCGGGAAAGGACACUAGGUCGGCCGUCUUCUUUUGCCGCGGUGAUUGCAUCCUCAACGAUCGCUGGCAUUUUCUCCGACCUUAUCUCUCGGGACGAGGUACGGUUUUUGAACCCCGUUUUUACUUUUUAUGCGCUUGUUGCGGCGAUUGCGCUGCUUUCUUGUCACAGGUACACUCGACUAUGGACUGUUGCGCAGGAGGAUCUGCGGGUUCUUGCUCAAGUUCAGGAAGAGAUGAGAUGGAAGUGGCCUUCGGCUGGGGGGAGUAUCAAUACUUUCCAGAGGAUGUAUCAACUCACCGUGUCAACGCGGAGACAGAUGGACUUUGUGCCGGAGGGUAGCUGUACGCUUACGGCUGAGCAAGCGGGACUUCUUGGGGAUGUUGAUUCCUCGCUAUGUCGGAUGUGGGAUGUGCUCAUGCAUCAGACUGCUCCAGAUUCGGCGUCCACGGCGAUGCCUAUGGAUGACUUUGAUAUCAUGUUUCAGCAAGAAGCGGCGCAAUCAAACGGUGGGAUUGGCGAGUGGUUGUUCUGGGGAGACGUUGCGUUUGGUGCAGGUUGA